AUGGCAUGCGCGUUAUUAGCUGCGUCGAGCGAUGAUUACUUACUGAAAUCGAUCGCUGGGGCUGCAGGGUUCAAGAAGGAGGACAUCCGCGUGCUGGUGGACAACCACGGCCACCUGCGGACGCACGGCGAGCGGCCCAUCGUCGGCAACAGGUGGAGCCGCUUCCAGAAGGACUUCGAGCUCCCCGCCAACUGCAUCACCGACGUCAUCCGCGCCAAGUUCGAGAACGAGAGACUCACCAUCACGCUCCCCAAGAUCACCCUCUCGCCGCCCAUGCCGUUGCCGCCAAGGAGGCCGCCCAUGGUGGCGCCGCCGCAGAUGCUUCCGCCGCCGCCGGCGGUUCCUGAGCCAGCGGCGAGGCCUACCGCGCCGCCGCCCACGGUGCCGGCGGAGCCGCUGGAUCCUGCUCCUUCCGUGAAGCCGCCCGUCGAGACCAGGCCGUCGAUGCCGAGGAAGACGUACGCUCCCGUGCCGGCACCGGCACCGGCACCGGCACCAGCGGCGGAAGUGGAACAACCUGCAACCACCAAGCCCCAGUCGUCGCUGGGGGCUGUCCAGAGGCCUAUGGAGGAGGAGGAGAGGCAGAGGGAGAGAGAGACAGCGGGGAAGGUGGCUGAGGACAGGAAGGAGAUGGCGCAGGAUCAGAAGGCCACGGAGCAGCAGCAGAAGGAGGCAAUGCCGCCAGCAGACUUGGCGAUGGCGAACCUGCAGCCCAGGCCGGCCUCGGCGAGCCGCGGCCUUCUGGUGAACGUGGCGGUCGCCGUGGUGGUGCUCCUCGGGAUCACCGUCUACGUGUGGCACAGCCUGAGGAACGCGACGGGAGGCGCCGGCGGGCACAGCCACGGGCACCUGGGGGCCGGUAGCUACGGCGACGAGAUGUGA